UUCUAUACAGAAUCAAACAUAAAUGCAUAAGUACAUAAAUGCGCGUGUAUAUGGACAGUGGAUAACGUAAUGCAUAAUGCAGCGAAUAUGAUAUAGUAAUGUAUUAUGCAUUAUGCAUGAUCGCGUUCCUUAAUCAACGCCAAACGAGCGACAUUUAAUUUUAAUUAAUUUUGUCAUUUGCUUUUUACACCAAUGAUGAUGAUGGGUUUGCGGGGAACUGCCAAUCCAUAUAUCCAUCCAUUUGUUGUGCAUUUUGAUUACUCAAUUCAAGUCUGAAUGCAGCUGCAGCUGUGGAUUUUGUGGAUUUCGUGGAUUUGUGGAUUUGUGGGGUGUGGACUUGUAGAAUUGUGGACUUGAGGAUGUCGAGAUAUGGUCAGUAUUAUGUGGAUAUGGUCAGUACUCUGAAAUCAGUCGAGUGGUAGUCAUGUUUCUGGGCAUAUUGGUGGAUCUCUGCGGUUGCCGGCGUUUCAGUGGCGAUGGAAUGAUGGAGUUUCCAUCCACUCCCCACUCAACUGAUCAAAUUCCGCCCAAAUUUGUGGCAGUUGUACUGCCUACGCCGCCGCCUUUUACCAUUGAAAUCAUCCGCAAUCCCUUGGCUCCCGAACAGCAGGAAUGCAGUAAUGAUGAUGAUGGCUCCGGCUUCGACGAUCCCCGACUCCCAGAAAUCAUCAUCUGAUUCACUUUUUUCACAGAAGCUUUUCACUGCUGCCAUACCGAUUCCGCUUCAUUUGGUUUAAUUAAAACUCUUUUUGCCAUAAUCCAAUUACGGGCCAAAGGCAAAAACCAAAUGACAACAAAUGGCAUAAUGGCAUAAUGGCCAGACAACAAAAACGCCGGCACUACAAAAAAAAAAACAAAAAUACAUAGAAAAACUCAACAAAA